AUGAUCAUAUCAACUUGGCAAUGCCUUAUUAUAUUGUCAGCUUUGUUGCUAUCAUCGCAACUAUUCUCCGUAAGAUCUCAGCAAGGUCGAGCGCUGACCCACUCCAUAUGUGACAACGUGAGAGGGAACUUCACGGUCGACAGCACCUAUGAAGUCAAUCUCAAGUCACUCGUCUCCUCCCUGUCGCUUCUUCCGCAGAACGAAGAUGGCUUUUACAACGUUUCUGUAGGAGAAACAGAUAAUGAGAGAGUCAACUCUUUGAUUCUGUGUAGAGGGGACGUCAAACCCGUUGACUGCAUCAAAUGUAUUGUUAGAGCCGGACAAGAGAUAAGGGAACUAUGUCCGAACCAGAAAGAAGCCAACAUGUGGUACGACCACUGUCUGCUCAGAUACUCAAACCGUACCAUCGUGAACACGAUGGAGACAACCCCUGGAUAUUAUUGGGCAACGGAUUUUGAUUUCCCCGGUGAAAAAGACGAGUGGGAGAAGAUGCUAACGAGUAUACUAGAACGGUUAAUGAAUAGAACAGCCGCAGGUGGGCCGAGGAAGAAAUUCGCCGUCUCUAAAACGAGUGGGGCCUCGCUUCAGACGUUGUACAGUCUCAUGCAGUGCACGCCAGAGAUUUCAGAACGUGACUGCAUUGAUUGUCUUACGUGGAAUAUAGGUCGUAUUCCGCUUCGUUGUAAUACAAACAUGGGUUGCAGGCAGGCAGGCAACCGUCAGCUGCAAUUUGAGGUACGACACCUCUCGGUUCUAUGA